AUGGCGGCAAACCUGGCGGAGAAUACAAAGAAUGCCCUUGAGGGUCAACCGGUGAGGUCUGUUACAGGAUGGCUAGAUAGCACCGUGGCCCUGUAUUGGAUAAAAGGGGGUGGAACUUAUAAACAGUUCGUGGCUAACAGAGUGCGUAAGAUAAACGAGAAGGAGUUCAUCGAGUGGAGACAUGUAACCACUGACCAGAAUCCAGCUGACGUCGGAAGCAGAGGGUGCCUUGGAAGCAAUCUCCCUAAGAUUUGGUUAAACGGACCAGUAUGGCUACCAUACCCCAACCAGUGGCCGGAGUUGAUUGUUCCUACGGCAAGCAAAGAGACUGCCGAAGAAGCGAAACUGAGCCGAGAAUUAUUCGCAGCAGCCAUAGAGAUAAAUGAUGAGUUCGAAAAGUUAUUGUCGGAACAUCGUUUUUGGUCUGCAGUCCGUAUCAUGGCUUGGAUUAGAAGGUUCUUAACGAACUGUAAGUUGAAGAAACUAGCUAGAGUUACUGGUCCUUUGACAACUAAAGAUAUACAUCAACAAGUUGAGUGGUGGAUCAAACGAACCCAAGACAGCGCCAGCAGUACAGAGGAGUUUCAAGAGGAUAAGUUAAAACUGAACCUACAGCUGAACCCAGCUGGGUUGUACGAGUGCCGUGGUCGCAUUCAAGGAGAAUUCCCUCUAUAUUUACCACCUGCAGCAAGGUUAUCUAGGAAGAUCGUUGAGGACGCCCACAUCUUGACUCUGCACGGGGGAGUUGGCCUCACAAUGACUUUGGUUAGACGUGACUAUUGGAUCCCACGAUUAAGGCAGUUAACAAAGAAAGUUAUCAACAAGUGCUUUGGGUGCAAGAAAUUCCGUGCCACUGCGUUCCACAGUCCACCACCUGGGAAUCUACCAACAGACCGGACCAUUGGUUCAACCCCUUUCCAAUCUUACCCGAGCCAUCAUCUCGAGCUUUUGAAAGAUCAAACGACUGAGGGGUUCAUCAGAAGUUUAAAGCGGUUUGUAGCGAGACACGGUAGACCUGCUAAGAUCUAUUCCGACAACGCCAAAGGGUUUGUAGCUGCAGCGAAGUGGCUCAGAGCGAUUAUGAAGGACGAGCAGCUUCAAAAUUACCUCGCCCACCAGUACAUAGCAUGGCAAUUUAAUUUGAGCAGAGCUCCCUGGUGGGGAGGACAAUUUGAGAGACUAGUGGGGCUAGUGAAACGAGCCUUGUAUAAGUCCAGCGGACGUGCUAAAUUAACCUGGAACGAAUUCGAAGAAUUGUUACUCGAUGUCGAAAUCGCACUAAAUAAUCGCCCAUUGUCAUACGUCGAAGAUGACAUUCAGUUACCCGUUCUUACCCCAAAUUCAAUGAUGUUCGAACAGUCGAAUCUAUUGCCGGAGGAAGAUACCGAAUCGAUCGAAGAUAAUAACCUGAGAAAGAGAGCAAGAUAUCUAAGGCGGUGCAAGAAUGCAUUGUAG